AUGUCGUUCUUGUUUGGCAGAGCCCGGACACGCACAGUUGCCGAUCUCCCAAAGCAAGCCCGUGAGCAUGUGCUGAAGCUUGAGGGGCCGCAAGGUCCAGCCAAGGCCGAGGAGCUUGCGCGCGUUUUGAAUCAGAUGAAGACUAUCCUGCAGGGAACCCCAGGUAUGCUUCCUCACCUUACGAGAACUCUGACCGAAUGGCUAAGACAUAUUCAAGAAGCCGACACCUCUCCAGAACAGAUCUUACAGCUCGUGACCGGCCUCAUCGAUGAAGACCUCCUUCACCUUCUCGCCGUCAACCUUUUCCGCCUUCCUUUCGAAUCCCGCAAAGACACACAAGUGAUAUUCUCCUACGUCUUCCGCUUCCGCCCUGCCACCGCCGCCCCCAAGAGCGACCCCCUUGCUCUGUCAUACGUCGUGUGCAAUCGACCUCAGGUCCUGGUAGAACUGUGUCGUGGUUAUGAUCACAAAGAGAGCGCUACUCCUGCAGGUUCCGUCCUGCGAGAGUUGCUGAAGAACGAGGCUGCGGCCGCCAUUAUUCUAUACGACGACGGGGACGAGCCAGGUUCUAGUUCGAAAGGGCUCAACGCCAUCGAUCGCGACCGGCCUCAAAGUGGAAGAGGCGUAUUUUGGAGAUUUUUUGAUUGGGUUGAUAAGAGCUCCUUUGAGGUGGCAGCGGAUGCUUUCACAACCUUCCGAGAGCUCCUGACACGACACAAAGACCUCGUACCAAGAUACUUGUCUGCCAACUUCGAGCUCUUCUUCACCAAGUACAACAACAUUCUGGUCCAAUCUACCAGCUAUGUGACUAAACGCCAAUCGAUAAAGCUCUUGGGUGAGAUCUUGCUUGAUCGCUCUAACUACAGCGUUAUGACUGCCUAUGUUGACCGUGGCGAGCACCUCAAGAUAUGCAUGAACCUCCUACGUGAUGAUAGGAAAAUGGUUCAGUACGAAGGGUUUCAUGUGUUCAAGGUUUUUGUUGCCAAUCCGCACAAAUCAAUUGCCGUGCAAAAGAUUCUUCUCAUGAACCGAGAUAAGCUUCUUACUUUCCUCUCACAUUUCCUUGAGGAUAGGACAGACGAUGAACAGUUCAUUGACGAGAGAGAAUUCUUGAUUAAGCAGAUCCGAAAUAUGCCGUCUGUUCCAGUCGCUCCUCAACGGUAA